AUGUUUGCUGAAAGAGCGAUAGAUCUAUUCGGGUCGAUGCAGUAUCAGGUAGACCCGAGUCAACACUCCAGUGGUCUCUGCGAGGUGCAACUUGGGGACGCUCCCAUGAGCGCACACCUUGCGCAGAUCCGUAUGGGCGAUCGUGGUCCAAGGACGUGUGAUGGGAAGGGCGUAUGGGCGGAACGAGCGGUCGACGGUAUCGUCUUGUCCUGUCUGUCCGUGUAUGUGUUGUCCAUGUUUGUGCAUGCUACGUCCUUGUGGGUGUCGGUCCGCGUCUGUCCGCGUCGAUCCCUUUGUACGUGCCUGUCCGCCUCCUUGUCUGUCCGUCCGUGUCCCCCUGUCUGUCCGUAUCCGUCUGUGCAUGCCCACCUGUGCGUGCUGCCCGUCCCUGUCCUCCCGUCCAGGUAUCUGUCCAUCCGCCUGUCUCAAUUUGUCUUUAUGUGUCCAUGUCUUCCUUCCUUUCUGUCUGUCUGCAGUCAGUGA